AUGGGAGUCACAGUCCACCACCUCCAGGCCUCGCGCUCCGACCGCCUCUUCCUCCUCCUCGAGGAGAUGGGCGCGCCCUACGAGGUCAAGGCCGUGCCGCUGGGCAAGGCCCCCGCCGCGGUUAUUGACGGCGAGACCGUGAUCGAGUCUGGCGCGAUCGUCUCCGCCCUCGUACGCAAGUUUGGCGCGAACGCGCCCUCCAGCUUCGAGUACCCCGAGUCGCCGACGUCGGCGUUCUGGUCCACCUUCUCCGAGGGCACGCUCAUGCUCAACCUGCAGCCCACUGUCGUGACUGCGCGCGUGUCGGCCGGUCUGAAGGCGACGCUGACCGACGAGAGCGAGAAAAGGGGCGUGGACAAGCUGAAAAAGGCGCUGUUCGGAGUCGCGGUGCAGAAUGUCAACAACGCACUCACGUACGUCGAGCAGUGGCUCAGCAGCCACGAGAACUUUACGGGUACCGACAAGAUUGGCGCAGGCGACAUCAUGAUGUACUUCCCCCUUGCUAUUGCUUAUGGGAAUGGCAAGGGGCCUUACAAGUACGGACCCAAGACGGUCGCGUGGAUGAAGAAGAUUGCGGCAAGGCCCACGUUCGCGAAGGCGAUGAAGCGGAGAGAUGACGAGGAGAAGGCGCAGAAGGCCAACUUGUAG